GUUAGGCAUAUGCCUUCCAACCUCAGGAUAAUAAGCUGUACCUAUUCUUACCGUGUCACUCUUGAACUGCAAAACGAAAACUGUCAUCUGCUUCACUGUUUUGACCUUUUCUAUAGCGGAUAACUGUAUUGGAAAUAUUCUAUGAUGUCAUGAGGCAUCGAUCAAGACGUAGUGUGAGAAGACUGUCGAGGAUUAGGAAAUAUAUUUUUUUCUAAACAUGGCCAUCAUGGAGGACAACCGCGAGACGUUACUAAUACAAGCCGUGGUGUCUGGCGAGUAUGAGGACGCCAUUGCCUCCCUUGAACUGAUGCAAGACCUCAAACACAACACGCAGUUUCUCAGCUCACUUUUGAUGCUCGCUUGUAGGAAAGGCCGGAAGUUCCUCGUUGAGCACCUGCUGGAAUAUGGCGCGGAUGUCGAAUCACGUGACAAAAUUGGGAACACCCCUCUCAUACUCAGCGCCGCUAAAGGAUUUACGGAUAUCGUCGAGAAGCUUCUGGUGGCGGGCGCAUGCGUGAACGCCUUCAACAAACUCGGGGACACGGCGCUAAUCCUAGCCAUCCGUACAUCCGGUUCAUCAAGUCUGCUGAAGCUCCUCCUGAGCCGGCCGGAGAUCAACCUUUAUCACGAGAACAGAAAUGGCGUCACGGCUUUAAAACGAGCGAAACAGGUUCUAGACAUGGACGCGGUGGUACUUCUCCUCAGCAAAGCUGAGUACAUCAGUGGACGAGAACUUGAAGAAAGAGUUAGUCUAACUGAUGCGGAGUGUGUUCACAGUCAACAGGGAACUAUGAAAAUGCUGGAAAAGCUUGACGCUAUUGCUUUGCAAUUUGAUAGAACGAUUCAGGUUGAACGCGCGGUGUUUGAAAGAGAUAUUGAAAGAACGGAAUAUCUUCUUCGUCUUGGGGUCUCCCAUAAAGCACUGCGUGAAGUCUUGUCCAAGUUUAUUGACUCUUUCGUGAAAGACGAUUACGCCAUAACUAGGAAGGAUUUAUAUUUAGCUGAAGCUAUUUUAAGACAGCUACAACCAACGACUGAUGGGACUUGUAAAAAUGUUAAUCUUUUAUUUCAAGCGGUCAGCACUGGAAACAGUCACCUUGUAGAACUGUUGUGUAAAUAUCAGCCUAGAGAAUUCAAUUUACCCCACUCUGAUCAAUGUACCACACCGUUGAUGCUAGCUGUAGAAAUGCGUCGUUGCGAUCUGUUGGGUCUAUUGCUUAAGUACAACGCGGGUGUUAAUGCAGAAAAUAACCAUGAUAAUGCUCUAACAACAGCUAUAAGAAACGGUACUAAGGAAUGCUUUGAGAUGAUAUUUAAGCACCAAGACAAGCCGAACAUUCAAGAGGCGCUGAAAACUGCUGUGGAUUUCGAUCAACACGAUAUCGUUUCUUUUUUAAUCGAGACCGACAAAACGGCAACCGGAUUAGCUAUUCUGGAGUUAAGCCCGGAGCUGCUGAAAUCAGCGAGGAGCAGAAGAAUUCAAGCCAUGUUGUUGCAGAAUUAUGAUUUCAUCAAAUCCAUCUUCGUCGAUCCCCACACGUGCCUAUCAGAGCUGUACAUCUUCAACGGACACGACUUGACCAUCUCGAAUGGCGUGAAGAUUCUGCUACACACGCUUAAGUCAUGUGAUACCCGAGACUGCAGGUGUGUCACCUGCAUUAAAAUGUUCGUGAAAUACGGCGUCAGCUUUGAGGUGUUCAACCACCUCGAACAAACUCCUCUGAUGAUCGCGGCCUUCACCUCUGAACAACCGGAUGUCAUUAGAUAUAUUAUAAGCUCCGGGGCGAAUGUCAAUACGCAAAACACGGACAAGAAAACUGCAUUGCAUUUUGCUGUCGUUGCUAAGCACACCAAAAACGCACAGGCAUUGUUGGAGUACAAGAUCAACACAAGCCUGAGGUGUACGAUGGGAAACACGGCAUUAAUGGACGCUGUGACUUCAGGUGAUAAAGACAUGGUCCAACUUCUCAUUGAGAACCACGCCAACGUCAACAUCCAAAACGAGAAGGGAGACACGGCUUUGUUGUUAGUUUUUGAAGCUAUCCGCCUUGCCCAGACUGAACUUAAUAACAACGAAACCUUGCAGCAUUGUAGAAAGAUGUCCCAUAUUUUAGAGUUACUUAUCAAAUCCGGUGCAGAUGUAAAUGUUGUAAACAAAUCCGGGUUCACUCCCCUAAUGCUGGCUGCACAAGUCCGCUGUAUAAGAGCUAUUAAGCUCCUCAUUCAAGCCAACGCUGACGUAAACGCCAUCAACGCUUUAGAAAACCACACAGCGCUUUCCAUCUUGUUGAAUAACGACUCACAUCUUGAUCAGAUCCAUGACUCCUGCGUCGAUUGUCUACUCACCAACGGAGCGAACGCAAACUUCGUCAACAGUAAAGCCAUACACACCUUCAUCCAUCACGGUAAAAACAAACUCGUCAAGAAAUUAAUCCGCGCUGGAUUACCCCCAGUGGAGGUCGAUUCUAAAGAGUUACAAUUUUACCGGAGCAUUCGUUUAAAAUCAAAAGGCGGGUUCACGCCUUUGAUGUUCGCUUUGAUGUGUGACAACCCGGAGAUUGCUUUGUACUUCACUGACAUCUCGUUUUUUACAGUAUACGACGUCACCGGUUUAUCGCGAGAAACUGGCCUGCAAACAUACCUCCGAGAGUUUGGCUACACCAAGUGCCUGGCCAUUCUGGAGAACUUAACCUCCCAGCCUUUGUCUCUACAGAAAUUAAGUUUCGUUUCCUUAUCCUCAACCAUCGGCGUCAAACCAGGUAGAGACACACGGAUUCAAAACUUGCAUCUUCCAAAUGUAUUUAAAAACAAACUCUUAUUUCUUCAUGAGACGUCUGACGAUCUGGACGAAAAAAUAGCAUCGUUGUUGGAAGAUGAUUUGCCGUAUCUUCCGACGGAUCCUCUGUCGUCAACACAGGAACCUCGCAGCUUGGAUGACAACUUUGACUUUUCUGUGCUCAGGGAGGCUCUAGACAUUAGUGAUCAGACAUAUUUAACUUCUGCGUAAACGUAGGGUUUUGUCUACAGUUAGUUCGAAUGAAUUUAUUGAGAGGAAGACACACAAAUCUAACUACUGAAGAACAUUAGAGAAUAUCAUGAAGCUUCAGCCUUGAUUUUAUGGUAAUUGUUGACCUUAGGGUGCACAAGUUAGUUAAAUUCGCUAAACUGAUUUCAAUAUGCUUGUUACGGUAUUAAAGUUUUAGAUUAUUAUCUAGUAUCUACCUAUCUAUCCAUA